CUCGAAAUCGUCCCUUGUCCACUCCCAUCACUUGGCCUCGUACUUUGUUGUCUCUACUUGGAAUGUCGACAUCAAUUGAAAGCGAGCGCGCCGCCUACCUUCUGGACGCGCAGAAAAAAGCGGUGCAACUUUUCGAAGAGAUUGAACGAGACCUGAUUCGGCCCGGCGUGAGUGAAAAGGCUCUCAGCACUGCGAUCCAUGAGCUUGGAGCCAAACGCCACGGAGUCCGCACCCACUGGCAUAAGCGCGUUGUCCGCAGCGGACCAAACACCCUGAGUCCCUUUGCCGAGAACCCUCCGGAUCGCAUCAUUCAACCAGACGACAUCCUGGUGGUGGACCUCGGUCCGGUCUUCGAGGAAUGGGAAGCCGACUUCGGGCGCACAUACGUGCUUGGGGAUGACCCCGCAAAGCUGAAACUGCGCGAUGCCCUAGACCCCAUAUGGCACACAGUCAAGCGACGGUUUCGAGAAAACCCGGAUAUGACGGCGGAAGAAUUGUAUGCCAUUGCCUGCCAGGAGGUCCAACAAGCUGGAUGGGAUUUCGGUGCUCCCAUUGCAGGCCACCUGGUCGGGUCGUUCCCGCAUGAGAGAAUUCCGAAUGAUAAAAUCAGUUUAUAUAUCGCGCAAGGAAAUGGCGAUAAGAUGAUGGUUCCGGGCCGUGAUGGACACAUGCGACACUGGAUUCUGGAGAUCCACAUCCACGAUCGGGCGCGUGGAUUUGGGGGAUUCUGUGAGCAGUUAUUGACGGUGGAUUGAUUGCAUGUGCUCCGGAUGCGCCCAUCAACCGUAUGUAAUGUCAACUGACAGGUGUUGGGUGCCUUGAAGUGCCAGUGGUAUAAUGAUGCGGUCCUUCACAGAAUUUUUCAACUACUAGAGGAUAUAUGGGAUCAAGGUAUAGAACGCUAGAGAUAUCAGAACGUUUCAUCGCGUUUACAGAUUCAGUCUUAUUAAAUACUGAACUUCAAUGUACUAGUAGAGAGGACGAUAGUAAUGCUAUCAAUUUCCCUCUUCCCCUUAAACCAUGGGACCAGUAUUGUAAGUGAUCAUCAUAAUCCUUUCAAUGACCGAUACAGUGUUCUCUAUCGCCAGAUGACACAAAUACCACACAUUGUAGUGUAAAGCAUAAUAGUAGU